AUAACACUUUCCGACAUACCGCUUUACGACAUACCGCUUUACGACUGUUUUUCUUGUUGCCUAGCAGCAGAGCAAAGGGAACCAAAGAUGGUUCACAGCAGGUCUCUUUGACACGAGAGCAGAAGAAUGGCUGCAGCCGCAGACUGGGGGCUCCUCAUGGGAGUUGACCCCGAAGAUCCUGGAGAUGAUGAGAAAAUCUCUCAUAUGAUUUUGAAGGUCAAAUCACGGGACCUGAAAGCACACGAGCCAGAAGAAGUUAUUCAUCUCUUCAAAAUCUCACAAACCCUCUUGAGGAGAAAACUGGAUGAAGUCAAAUGUGCCUAUGAGGUGGUUGAAAAUGCAGGUGCUGAUCAAGCAAGAAUGGAAAAUGAACUGAAAGCCAAAGUCCUGAAGCUGGAAAAUGAGCUUGAGAUGGCACAGCGUGGGAUAGGAGGGGGGGACACACGUUUCCUUCGGGAGGAGAUUCACCAGCUAAGGAAUCACCUGGAGCGCAAGGAGAGGGAGGUGAUCCAGCUGGAGAAGGAAAUGGGCAAGGAUAGGAAAGUCAACGAGGAGCUGGCUCUCCGUGCUGAAGAGGAAGAGGAGAAGAACAGAAAACUGAAAAGAGAAAAUGAACAGCUCCAACAGGAUAUCGAGUUCUACAGAAAGGAAGCAGAUCAGCGAGAAUCUCUUCAGACCAGAGAGGAGAGCAAUGAAACUCAGAGGAGACUUACUAAAGCCAACCAGCAGCUCUACGAGUGCAUGGAGGACCUGCAGCAAGCCGAGGAUAUGGCUGCCAACCUGAGGAGCGAGAACGAUAACCUGCAGAAGAAUCUGGAGGAGUCUGUCAAAGAGAUGGAGAAAAUGACAGACGAGUACAACAAGAUGAAGAUCGCAGUCCAGCAGACAGAUGCUAUCAUGGAUCAGCUGAGAAAUGAGAGAGACCAGGCAAAGUUUCAGGUCAGAGAGUUAACCGAUCAGAUCCAGGCCCGCGUCGAAGAGGAUGACCCGGUUAUGGCUGCCGUUAACGCCAAAGUAGAGGAGUGGAAGGGGAUACUCUCAGGGAAAGAUAUGGAAAUCGUGGAGUAUCAACAGAUGAUCAGAGAGUUCAGAGAGAAACUUCGAGCUGCCCAGAUGGACUCGGAUAAAAGCAACAUCAUAGCGCUGCAGCAGGCCGUGCAAGAAAGGGACAACCAGAUCAAGAUGCUGUCGGAACAAGUGGAGCAGUACACAACAGAGAUGGAAAAGAACGCUCGGCUCGUCGAGGAGCUGAAAAAGCCAUUGAAGAAGGAUAGAGGCCUGACCUCCAGCGUGCAGCAGCGUAAGAUGGAUGAGUUGAGCGCUAAGCUUCAGGUGGCGGAAGAGAAAGUCUUGGAGGCUCAGCGUGCCGUCCAACUGGCUGAAACUGACGCUAAGGAGAAAGACAAAGAACUCAAUGACACCCUCACUCGAAUCCGUCUUUAUGAGUCUGGCACUGAUGGUUUGGAAGCCGCUAUAACUGAGAUCAAAGACUGUAAAAAACAGAUCAGAGUCAGAGACCAGGAAAUCGAGACCAUGAUUAAAGAUAUAAACCAGCUAGAGCUCAAAAUCAACAAUCUUCUCGAUGAGAACGAAGACCUACGAGAGCGACUCGGUUUGAAUCCAAAGGAAGAACUGGAUUUGACUGAAUUGCGGAGAUCAAAGGUUUUAAAGCAGAGACAGUACAAAGCUGAGAACCAAGUUCUGCUGAAAGAGAUUGAGCGACUUGAGGAGGAAAGACUUGAGCUUAAACAACGUAUUCGUGCUCUGGUGAAGGACAAAGGCAUAUCAGUUAUCAGUAGUUCAUUGCUUGAUGACAAGGAAGAAGAAAAGCCAAGAUCUUCUAAACAGAGUCCCAUCUCUGGAUCUAUUGAUGAAGAGCUGAAACUCAAAAACGACCGUUUACAGAAAGAACUGAACAACAAAGAGAAAGAACUGGAACUCAGAAGAACAGAAUCGGCACAAUUUAAAAUCAAACUGAAUGAAAUGUUAAAUGAGAAUAAACAGCUCGAGCAGGGUAUGAAGGAGAUCUUGCAGGCCAUCCAGGAUGCUCAGAAGUCAACGCCUUCUCUGACAGCCGUCAGCAUUCCCAGCCUGGAGCGACUCAUCAAUGUUUUGGAGAUGAAGUACUCUGAGGGAAAGUUUGACACACGCCUGCAUCUGAGAACUCAGGUAGAUCAGCUGACCGGCCGCAAUGAAGAGCUACGACAGGAGAUGAAAGCAGCUAGAGAAGAGGCCGCAAACACACUUAACCAGCUUACAAAAGCCAUCGAGAAGAUUGCACGUUUGGAAGGUGAAGUUGAAUCAAUGAGCAAAUCGACCGGUAGAUCUGUCCCUUACAAGACAUUAACUCUACCUGAAGACAUGAUGCCAAAUAGUGCUGAGGUCAUCAACGCUCUAAAUGAGUACAUGGUGCAACUCCUACAGGAGCUCAAAACCAAAGAAGAUUCAGUCGAACAGCUCGGAUCAGCUCUUGAAGAGUACAAAAGAAAAUUUGCAGUCAUACGACAUCAACAGGGACUGUUGUACAAGGAGUAUCAACGUGAAAAGGAGUCAUGGCAGAAAGAGAGAGACUCUUUCACAGAGCUGAAAUCAAAGCUGGAGGAACAAAAGGAAGUGGAUGCAGUGAAAAUCAAAGAAUAUAGUCACUGGCUUGAGACUCUUGAGAAGGACCCUAGUGAGACCAAGCGGCAUCUGUCCGAGACGGCCCGAAAGAUGACGGUUCUAAGGGUGAACGAGAAGUGCCUUACGCGACGUUACACAACGCUGCUAGAGUUGGAGCAACACUUGAGGAAAGAGAGCAACAAGCUGAAGGAUGACUUUACUCAGAUGGAGACCACGGUCACCGAAAGGAUCGGUUACCUGCAGAGGUUUAAGGAAAUUGCGGCAUUCAAAAUGGCCGCCCUGCAGAAAUCGCUUGACGCUAGUGUUUCAGCUUCAGAGAUGGAGAAAGCCAACAAACAAUACACCGAGCUCACUAUUAAAUACAGAAACCUCCUUCAGAAAGACAAUCACCUCGUUCAGAAGACAAGCACUUUGGAACACCUUGAGAAAGAGAACAUCUCCUUGCACGAACGCAUUAGUUCCAUCAAUAAAGAGCUUGAGAUCACAAAAGAGAAGCUUCACACUUUGGAGCAGGCCUGGGAGAACAUCAACACAGAUGGUGCUGAGAACAGCAUGGACAAGGCAGCCAAAGCUCUGGCCAACAGUGAGAUCAUAUCAGUGUCCAGACGCAUCACCACGCUGGAGAUGAAGGAACUGAACGAAAGACAGAGAGCCGAGCACGCUCAAAAGAUGUACGAGCACCUGAGGAACUCUCUCAAACAGGUGGAGGAGCGCAACCUUGAGUUGGAGACAAAGUUUGCUGAGCUAACAAAAUUCAACUUGGAGGCUCAGCGGACGGAGCGGGAGCUCAGGGACGAGUUGGCCGACAGCGUCAGUAAACACAUCAGUGAUGCUGACCGCAAGCGAAUCACAGAGUUGGAGAAAACAGAGGCGGAGCUACGGAUCGAAGCGUCCAAGUUGCGGGAAGUGUCCGACGUGGCAAAAAUGCAGGUGUCUGCGCUGGAAUCCAGGCAGCAGUCCAGAGAGAAGGAAGUGGAGAGUCUAAGAAAACAAAUUUUAGACUACCAGGCUCAAUCUGAUGAAAAGACCCUCAUUGCUAAACUCCACCAGCACAUCCUCGCCCUCCAGCUAAGCGAGACCACCGCCAUCAGCCGGCUGGAGGCCACCAAUGUGCGCCUGCAGAAGCUCGAGGCCCAGAAACUUCGGGUUGAACAGCAGCUCGACGCCCAGCAUCAGGCGCUGUGGCGCGCGAGGCAAGAGGGGCACCAGAGAGCCAGACACCUCCGUCACACCAUCCAAGCACUUCGUCGACAGUUCUCCGGAGCUCUGCCGCUAGCCCAACAAGAGAAGUUCUCCAGCACCAUGCUCCACCUGCAGGAGGACAGGGCGCGGGCCAGGGAGGAGGCGCAGAAGGCCGAAGAGGAGAGGAGGAGAGCGGAAGGGAAAGCAGGAGAGCUGGAGUUAAAGCUGAAGGGGUUGGAGGAGCUUAUGGCGACGCUGAAGGAUGCUAAAGGGGCACAGAAAGUAAGUGAGUGGCAUAAGAAACUUGAGGAUGUCCGUCUGGUGGAAAUGAGGCAGUGCAGAGAGCUCGGCGUCCUGAGGGAGGAGAUCAAGUACCUGAAGAACAUUGUGGCGGAGCAGGAACGCAACAUCAGCAGCCUGGAAGAAGAGCUGGUGCAGCAAAAUAAUCUUUUAGAGGAGCGCCAACUGGUCUGGGAUCAGAGGGAAGUGGGACUGGAGCGUCAACUCGACACAUAUGAGAAACGACAGAAUGACAUUUUAAACACAGCUCAGAAGUUUGAAGAAGUCGCAGGUUCUCUACCGGAUCCAUGUCAGCCUCUAGCUCAUCAGUUAGACUUUGCUCUUGGACAAAUGAAGGAGCAUGUUCGUACCAUCCUUGAGACAAAGGCCACUUGCAAUAUUCUGGAAGAGAAACUGAAUGAAAGUGUGUCAGCCUUGUGGACAGCAGAACAAAACGUCUUAUCUCGAGACAAAGUGAUCAAUGAACUGAGGCUCCGCCUACCAGCCUCCGCGGAGAGAGAGAAGCUCCUGGCUGACCUGAGCAAACGAGAGGACUCCGAAAGCCACCCCACCCUGAAGAUCGCCCACCAGACCAUCGGCAACCUGCAGGACCGCCUUGUUCAGAAAGAAGAAGUUCUCAAGAAGUACCAGAACUUGUUAGCAAAGGCUAGACAGGAGCAAGAGGAUGUCACCAAAAGGCAUGCAGAAGAGAUCCGUGCUCUGCAUCAGAAACUUGACGUCUACAUGGACACAUCUCUGGACCGCUUCAAACAGACUACACUGGAGCUUAUGAAGAAACCGACCAUCACUGUACCCACCUCAAAGCACCUGCUGCGGUUAGCCGAAAUGGAACAGACGGUGGCUGAACAAGACAAUUCACUAUCCUCUUUAACACAGAAAUUGAAGACCGUCACAGCAGAGCUGGACCACCAGAGACAGGUGACAGCAGCACAGGCUAUGGAGCAUGCGGCAGGAACCGCCAGACUUGAGGAAAGGCACACAGCCCAAAUGAAAGGUCUGUCUCAGGAGGCUACAGAUCUGAGAACCCAACUUACUCAGAUGGAGAAAGAGCUCCAGCACCUCCGCACUGAACUACAGGCCCAGAAAGAAGCCAACGUAAGGUCACCAUCCAACACCAUGAAAAACCUGGUAGAACGUCUGAAGUCCCAGAUGGCCCUCAAAGAGAAACAGCUAAAGGCUCUCAGUAAAGCUCUUCUGGAACUGCGUGCGGAGUUGACAUCUCAAGCGGAACAGCAGAUCAUUGCCAACGGUGCUCAGAAAGAAGAAGCACUCAAUGUUCAGCAGAUUGUCGACAAGCAGACGAAAGACCUAAAGGCUCGUAUGGAUGACCUCAACGAAGAUCUUCAGGCAUCCAAAGAUGCCGCGCGUGCUGUGAAAGCCAGAGAAAACUCAAUGAGAGAUGAACUGGAGAGUUUAAACAAGGAUCUUCAGAGAAGCCAGAAGUCUCAGAAAAAGCUGCAGAGUGAAAAAGACGCCCUGGAGGACGAGCUGCAUGAGCUGAAGAAGAAAGUUCAGAGACUGAGCAGUGGCCUACAGGCUCAGGUUGAAAGUGACGGUCCCAUAGUAGAAGCUCUUCAGAAGAAGAUCCGUAAGUUAGAACAGGAGCUGGAUAGGAAGAGCAUCUCAGAGCCCACAGAGAGAAAAAUCACCUUGAAGGAAGACAAGUCCACUAAAGAAGAAAUUUUGCGAUGGGAGGAGGGCAAAAAGUGGCAGGGCAAGAUGGAGAAGGUGCGGAACCUUCUUAAAGAGAAGGAGAAGGAAGCGGAUUCUCUGUCUAAACAGUUAACAACCAUCAAGGAACUUUACAGCAGGUUGGAGCAGGAGAAGUUAAGUCUGCAGAAAAAACUAAAAACCAAAGGAGUGACUGCAGCCCAGGUCGUCGGUGUACGGACCCUGGAGGCCGACCAAGAGAUCGAGGAACUGAAAAGAAGAAAUUCUGAACUGGAGCAACAAAUCAAAAUGAUCAGGCAACAGCAGGCUUUACCGCGUGAUGCUGCUAUGGAGGACAUCACCAUUAGAAAUCAAUAUCUAGAGGAGAGGCUUCUUUCUCUUGAGAACCAACUGUCCACAGAGCCUCUAUCAAGACCAUCUACAUCUGGCAGAGGUUCUGGUACUCCAUCACAAAGAGAACAUGAGCUCCAGAAGGAGAACCUCAAGUUGUCAGCAGAGAACCUGGAGCUUCGCUUUCAACUGGAGCAAGCAAACAAGGACCUCCCUAGACUGAAAGAUCAAGUGUCUGAUCUCAAAGAGAUGUGUGACGUUUUGAAGAAGGAGAAAGCUGAGGUUGAAAGGAAGCUCGCUCAUGUUCGUGGGUCUGGACGCAGUGGGAAAACCAUACCUGAGCUUGAGAAGACCAUCGGACUGAUGAAGAGGGUGGUGGAGAAAGUUCAGAGAGAAAACGAGAGCUUGAAAAAAGCGCCAGCGGCCAAAGUUCAGGAGCAGCUCACCACGCUAGAACGGGAUCAUGGGAAACUUAAGUCAGAAUAUGAAAAGAUGAAAGGAAAACUAGAGGAACAGCUAAACUCAAGACUGGAGUCAAAAACUAAAGGCUUUGAGAAAAUCAUGAUGGAAAACGAACGAUUGCGUAAAGAUAUUAAAAAGGAGACUGAGGCCGCAGAAAAACUGAGGGUCACGAAGGCGAGCCUUGAAGUAACUAAUGAGAAGUUGCGGGCGGAGCUUGAGGAGACCAAUCAGAGGCUUUUCUUAGCCCAGUCAAAGGGCCUAGAGGGGGCAGACGGCAAGACCUGGAAAUCUUCUGUGGUCACCAGACUAUUUGAGAAUAAGAUGAAAGAUCUGGAAAGUGAUAUCAGCAAGAAAAACUCCACCAUAUCUGAGCUGAAAGGGCAACUUAAAGAAGCAAACGAGAAACGACAAUCUACACAAAAUACCAUCAUCCAGCUGAAGGAGCAAGUAGAUCUCCUAAAAAACGUUCCUAUAGAGGGAACAACGGAUGAAGGUCUUGCCAAAGAAUUUCAGUCAAUGAGAUUGGCCAAUAAACAGCUCGAGAGGGAGAAAGCUCAACUUCUUCGUCAGAUCCAAAGAUUCGAUGAGCAGUUUGGAACCAGCCGGACAGGGCCAGGAUACAAAGAGCUCCAGGAGCAGAUUAAAGCAGUACAAAAUGAGAAAAAGAAAUUGCAGGAUGAAGUAAGAAGACUCACUCGAGAGCUGGAAAACUUCGACCCCACAUUUUUCGAAGAACUUGAAGAUCUAAAGUUCAACUACAAUUUGGAACUGAAGAAAAACAUUGUGCUUGAGGAGCAGUUGAGGAAACUGUCUGAUCGGUUUGGGGUGGCUGUCGAAAUUCCAGUUGAUGUAUCUAUUACCUAACAGACAUCUACUGAUUUACAGAGAUAGUAGUACAAGAUAACUUGAGCUGUAUAUUUUGUUACUGCACAAUUCAAAUCGAAGUUUGUACAUUGACAACGUAGAACCUGCUUUUUAUUCUUAGGUUACAAUGUUUUAUAUCAAUUAGGUUUUUGUACAAUAUUUGUUUUUUAUACUGUAGGUUUUACAAUAUUUGUGAUUUGUGGCCUUGUUAGCAAUUUAUUUAUUUACAUUAAAUGAAAAGUUUGCCUUUUA